AUGAGAUCAACAAGCUUUAAAGCCAUCCUCGCUCUUGGCGCCCUGGGUUUGGCAAGCGCGUAUCUUGUGGAUCCACCAACAACAGCGGCAUCAGAUACCGUGUCGGAUUGUAGUGGCUGGGUGAUAAUAGCAUCCAGCGAUACUUGCUCAUCUCUCGCGACGGAAAACUUGAUUAGUGAAGUUCAAUUGAAGACAUACAACCCAUCGAUCGGCACGCAAUGUAAGCUUGUCAUUGGCAACUCCUACUGCAUCGAGCAAAAUUGGGGAGUACCGCCGCCAACGAAGCCGACUUCUUCAUCGACGUUGGCUCCAUCGCCGACCAAUGGCGUUGCAACUCCGUCUCCAAUCCAAUCUGGUAUGACUUCCAACUGCAACAAGUUCCAUCUUGUUGUGAGUGGUGAUGGCUGCUAUGAUAUAGCAUCAGCUUACUCCAUCUCUCUGGAUGACUUUUACGCCUGGAACCCAGCAGUCGGCAAUGAGUGCACAAGCCUCUGGGCCAAGACCUAUGUUUGCGUCGGAUUAAUCGGCAGUGCACCUACAGCAAAGCCCACCAUCACCUCCGCUCCAUCUACGACGGUGAAGCCAACCAGCACUGUUGCGACGUCCACUGGCAAUGGUGUUACAACACCCAAGCCCGUACAGCCAAGUAUGGUUCCGAAUUGCAACGGCUUCUAUCUUGUCAAGGCUGGAGAUGGAUGCUAUGACAUUGCUGCUGCAGCAAGCAUUCCUCUUGACCAGUUCUACCAGUGGAAUCCCUCAGUUGGAACCGACUGCUCGAAGCUAUGGUCUGGUUACAAUGUCUGUAUCCGCACCAUUGGGUUCACUGUACCGCCAUCUUCAACGAUCAAGACCUCCACGAUCCCAACCACGACCAAGCCAGCUUCCAAUACACCUACUCCAGUACAGCAAGGCAUGAUCGCAAAUUGCAAGAAGUUCUACAAGGUCGUGGCUGGAGACGGUUGCUGGGACAUUGCCAACAACAACAAAAUUGCCUUGGAUAACUUUUACAAGUGGAACCCGGCUGUGAAGUCGGACUGCUCUGGCCUGUGGGCACAAUACUACGUCUGUGUUGGUAUUUAG